AACAAAUGUCAUGCUCUAAACUCUUGCCAAGGCAAUUUCUAUCACAAAAGAAUCUAUUUACUUAUAAGAAUAUUAAGGGCAAACUAAAUAUAUUUUAAAGUAAAUUCAUAAAAUUUACAUUUAAGACAUUAUCCUGUUAUUAAUAUAUUAAUUGCUGUUCAUAUAAAAAACUAGAAUUUAUGGUGUUGAAGUUAUAUCAUUUGUGUUACCCUUUGCUGCUAAUUGCAUUCGCUUUCAAUUUUCGUUCGUUUGUGAAGGCAGAAAAAUUAAUUCCGUUAAUUUUGGCACAAAAAAUCGAACAAAACAACAAAAAAAAUUAGCAAAUAGGGGAAAAAAUAGUAUAAUUAUAAAAUCUUUUUUAGCAAAAAAACGGUAAACACAUUAUUAAAAAGUGCCCAUGUGCAUAUUUGUCCGAAAACGAAAGUUAACACUAAAGAGAGUAAAGUGGGUGUAGAGUGAGUUAUAAUUAAGGAUCAAGACACGUAAAAACGAAGUUGUUUUAUGAUGGCAACGAAUGCAGAUAGUGACCACAAUCAGCAGCAGUUGAGAAGCGGUGAACACGAGCUACAACCCAAUGAUUCGGAAAAAUUUCUUCAGGAUAAAGGGGCAGCAACUACUAAUAAAUCAAUAGAAGUAAACUCAAACAAUUGUUGUGUAAAUUCCAUUGGAUGCACAUAUGUUCAAGAAGACGAGUCUGUAGAGUCCGAAUUUUUGCCUGUAAAACUUGGAACACCUAUUACUCGAGAACAAAUGCCAACCGACAUAUCAACUGAUAGCGAUGCUAAAGGACAAAAGAGUCCUGCUUUGGGGCGUGGUGUUGGCGGCGACUUGCCUGCGGACAAUCAAUACUUCUUUGAAGAUGAAGUUUUCCGCGUUGAUAAGAAGGGUCGUGUCAAAUUUGGUCUUGUAAUUGAGACGUCUGAAACAUAUUCCGGUGAUGAAGAUGACGAUUUCGAUGACGUGCUUCUAAAAGGUGAAGUACGAGUAGCAUGGUAUCCUGAUGGCAAAGAGGAGGUGCAGCCUGAAGGGGCGAUUGCAUUAGCUGAUCGCACUUUAAUGCCAGGUGAUGUUGUGCGACGAUUGGUGCCGGGCAAGGACACUCAACGCGGUUACUGUCGUGACAUUAGCAUGCAUGCCGAUGUCAAAGUGCUGGGAACAAAGUAUGUUAUUAAAAACGUAAUGACAGAAAGACUGCGUCCGAUCAAUAAUUGGCAACGAGAUAGCGCCGUUUGCUUAGAUUCAUGGGUGGGAAGCACCAAGGAUGUAGAAGAAAAAGCUGUAUUAAGGUCAACUGCCGGCGCUCGCAUGGAAAUCUCAUCCCACAAUUUUUUUGGUUUUACUGAUUAUAAUUCCCGCAAUACACACGGCAUAUUUAAUCCUCAUGUAUUUUAUCCCGGGAACACUGUGGUCGGACGAUUGCCAUCUUUAGAUGAUGUGAAACUAUUAACACCUAAUAUACCGAUACAUAAAAACAAAAAAGGCAAACCUUUCAAAGCAAAAUAUACUAUUGAAUCAGUUGAGACCGAUUCGGUUUGGGUUCACUGGCAAUGUAAGGCUCUCUCUGAAGAAAAUGCUAUUGACACCAGCGUGUUAGAGCAACCAAAUCCUUGUGUGAGCGGUGAAGACUUGUUGCGCCUAAAACGCCUGAAUCUCUUCGAAUCAUGUAUGGUACAAAUAAGUGAUCGCAACUACUUAAAAUUCUCUAACCUUGAUAACUUUAUAAAAAAAUCACAAUGGGAGAAAGAGCAAGCUAGUAAAUUUAAAGUAGCGUUAGCGCAAAUCCAAAAAACCGAAAAUCAGUAUGGUGGUUUAGUCAAUUCCGUCGGUCAAACUAAUGCCGGCAGUAAUAGUUCACAUCAUAUGGAGAAAACCAAAAAGAAGUCAAGUUUAAUAGAUGCUGAUACUAAAAGCGCGAAGCCCAAAAAAUCUACAUUAAAAACUGAUAAGCUAGGCAGUUCAAAUAGCAGAGACAAAACAUCAAACGAAACUUCUGUCGAUCAUAGUGCAUCCAAUUUUCCAUCGAGAAAAGCUUCAAAAACCAGUGGAGAACCAGAAUGGGUAACAGACGAUGAUGACGAGGACGACGAUGAAGACGUUUACUUCAACGAUGAUUUCUGUGAGGAUCGCGUCAGUACUACAACCUGCUCAAGUCCUUCUCCUCAUCAUAGCCCGAAACAUAGCAAAAGACAUCUAUUAAAAAAGAAAAGUAAAGUACCUACCAAACGUUCCUCUUUGAUGGUUCCAGAAUUUCAACCGAAAGACGGCGAUGAAUUAGUUACCGAAGCUCUUUUAGUAUACAGUACUGCCACAGUGGUUUGGCAGGAUGGUACCGUGGAGGCUGGCAUAUCUUCUACACAGUUGUACCCCAUACAUCAUUUAGAUAAUCAUGAGUUUUUCCCUGGUGACUUCGUUGUAUGCGGCAAGGAAGAUGGUGAUAUAACUUAUCGCGACUAUGGCGUUAUACAAAUGGUGGAUCAUCAGGGGCGCACAGCACGCGUCAAAUGGUAUACAACAUAUACAUCUGCUGAUGAACCGAGGCCGAAAUACAAUGGCGAGACAGAAGUUAGCGUGUAUGAUUUAAAAGAUCAUCCUGAUUUUCAAUAUCGUCCUGGAACUAUGGUUAUACGCGUUGCAAACUUUGUGGGUGCGGAUGCCACAUGUACCGCAGGUCAAAUCAUAGAUAAUUUCAUUGACGGACGAGCGAAAGUGUGGUGGGUUGACGGACAUAUAAGUAUGUGCUGGCCGCAAGAUUUAUUUGAAGUUGGCCAAUACGACCACGCUGAUUGGGGACACGAUUCGGAUGACUCGUGGGAGACUGAGUCUGAAAAUAGUGAACUAGGAGGAAGCACGCCAAUAAUAGCGCUGGAAGAAUCCCACAUCAUAACAAACAUUGAGCGUACACGCAUUGCUAUUGCACGCCUUGAGGAAAUUUUCAAUAUGAGUCCGAAUUUGCAGAAUGCCGAAGUUAUGCGUAAUUUGUUAAAUGUUUACAAAGGUUGUCGCUACUUGGAUCGCUUAUUAAACACCAGCUUCUUUCACGAAGACAAUUUCCAGGGUCUAAUUGAACGUGUACGCAAAGGCGGAACUCAAUCGAUUGCGGAGCGCGCACAAGACCGAAAAAAUCGUCUAUUUAGUUAUGUGCAAGCUACCUCACCAAAUGUCAAGCAUCAAGCUAUUGCGCCUCUGGAUAGUGUAGAAAAGACGCCGCCAAAACAACUUACCGAUGAUAAAUACGCCGGCGGUGCGCACGAAAUCGCCACCAUCACUAAUACACCUAAGGAAUAUGCGCCGAAGAUACUCUUCAACAUCUCCCCAACACCGUUUAAAUCCCCAUCGUCCGGGACAGGUGGUGGACCAUCGAGUACUAUCACUUCUCCGUUGGUACUACCUGUGCUGAGGUUAAAAUCGACCACAUCGAUUUCUACUGUAACACAAGCACAAUCCACACAUAAUUUGUUCGAAAACGCUGGGGUAAAGAAAGCCUCUUCAAGUACUACUGAGGCACAGUCAAGUGUUCAUAAUAGCGGAAAUGCAGAUAUUAAGACCUACACUGGUGGCGCCAAUAUAUCCACGCAUCAAAAAAAUAUUCUGGCACAGAAUAAUCAAUUGCUUAACUCUGCAAUGCUCAACAUUGAAAGAGCAUUUGAGAAAACUUGUCAAUUAAAAUCAGCAAUAGGAUCAUCACAGGAUGACUCUGGCAACUGUUCGCGCAAUGAAAACUGUGAUGGCAGUUCCACCAGUUACUCGGAUCUCACUAACGGUUCGGUGAAAGUUAAUGACGAUCAAAACUCGAUGUCCUGCAGCAGCAUUGAAUUUAAUGAAGACGCUGCACCUGAAAUGGAUUGUGUGCGCCUUUGUGCUCUACUAAAGGAACAAUUGGUUAAAUGCAUACAACAGAUUCGGGAAAAAUACUACAAAGGCGAGAAUAUUAACUUAAGUGAAGUAUUCAGUUUUGACGGAAUUGAGGAAACACAAAUUGAGGACCCUAUGGAGGUAGAUGAUGAAGAGUCAACUGAAGGCCAGGAUCCUGAAACGUCCACAAUAGAAUAUAAGCAACAAAUAAACCUCACUAAAUCCGACCCAGUUGCUAUGAGUACACCAUCGGAAGCCAAUGCAUGCAUAUCGCUGGAUUCUGUUCUAAGUUCACCCAUUGAAUCAAUUUCCACUUCAAUCGCGAACUCUGAAUAUUUUCAAGUUUUGCCUCAAGCACCGCCCGGUCACAAGUUUCAAUUGACUAUUUUUCAUCCGAAUAAUACCCAACAAUAUUAUAGAGCUGUACAACGUGAGCAUCGCAUGCUAAAGACUUCACUGCCGCCCGGCGUAUGGGUUAAAGUUUUUGAAGAUCGUAUGGAUUUACUAAGUGUUAUGAUUGAGGGCCCGAAGAAAACACCGUAUGAAGAUGGCUUAUUUUUCUUUGAUAUACAACUUGGUCGCGAAUAUCCGAAGAGUCCGCCAUUGUGCCAUUACAUCAGCUAUUGCUCCGAUCGCCUAAAUCCGAACCUAUACGAAGACGGCAAAGUUUGUGUAUCUUUGCUAGGCACAUGGGCUGGACGCGACUCGGAGGUUUGGGGCACAAAUAGCACUCUCCUACAAGUGAUCGUGUCUAUACAGGGUCUCAUAUUGGUGCCCGAACCGUACUUCAACGAGGCUGGUUACGAAAAGCAAAAAGGCACUCAGCAAGGUAGUGAAAACUCUCGUAUGUACAAUGAAAUGGUUAUUAUAAAAAUGGUGCAGUCAUCCACGAAACUGCUGCAACAGCCACCAGAACUCUUUCGACAAGAAAUAUGCGAACAUUGGAAUCAACGCGGCCUUUCAAUGUAUGAACGCAUUAAUGGUUGGAUGGAAUUAUCCAAGGCCACGACAAAUAACCAAAACGAAGAGGCUACAGCGAAAAUUGUAUCGGAGGAGAUGCACCAGCCGAAGCAAACAAAUACAAAUGAAGUCAACGCUGAAGAACCCAAAGUUACGUUCGCUUCACCCGAUUUUCCACUUGUACCUGCAAGCCGUGGCUUUUGUCUAACAUUAGCUGGCCUCUUAGAAACUUUCAAUUCAAAAUUAGUAGCGUUAAAAGCGGAACGUAAACUACUAGUGGGGAAAAGUGACGCAACAGCGACUGAACGCCACCUUGAAUAGAACGCGAUAUCGGCGCCGUUCAUGAUAACUUUGAGCCUAUUGCUGGCUUAACGGCUUUAGAUUUUCAAUACUACAAUUGAAAAUUGUAAAAAAAGGAAUAAUUUAUUUUGUAUUAUUAUUAUUAUUAUUUUUUUUUUUAAUAAUUUUGCCUUUUUAUGGUGCUUAUGUCCGUUUACUAAACAUUAGUGUGAAAAUCACAAUUGCAUUGCUGUUUAAAUGCGCUUAAACGUUGUCAUAUUUAUAUACAUACACAUAGUAUAUCGCUAGUUUUUGUAUUAAUGCAAAGUAUUAAAUGAUAAAUUUAAGUCACACACCGAAACUCACAAAUAAGCAUGUUAAUUUAUAAUCAUGAAAAUUUGUUUAUCAAAAUUGUAACAAGAUAAAAUACUUUAGCACUAAGCGAAUACAAAAUCAUUAUCACGAGUUUGUUAAAUUCUUGGAAUCUCAAAAAUGCUCUUCUAUGUAUUUGUAAUGGAAAAUAAAUUGCUAGCAAUUCUAAUAAACAACUGUAUAUAACUAAGUA